UUCCAUCUCUCUCGCUCUCUCUCUCAUGUCCUCCCUCUUUGGGUCUCGUCAGGCAGACGAGGAUGGGGAGAUACUCCGGGACCGGCCAAUGGCGCCGCCGGUCACCCCCUGCCUUAGUCCUGAGGAAUCGCCGCCCCCUCCUCUUGCACAGUCCGGCAAUGCCGGGUGGUUCUCGGGGCUCAUAUCUGGCGCCAGGAAACUCCUCUCCUCUGUUCUCCUCUCUGAUUCCAACACCACCACCUCCUCCUCCUCUUCGUAUUCCUCAGAAAAAGACAAUUGUCAUAAUCCCAACGAGGAUGAAGAUAUUGCUGUGUCUUCUAGGGAACACAAUGCAUUAAACCAGAGUGAAAAGAAUUCGAAGUUAGUGAAUGACUAUCUCGAAGGAUCAUUAGCAAUUGUUUCAGAAAUUGAAACCAAACUUGCUAUAGAACAGUUGCUAAUGCAAGAGACGUUUUCAAGGGAAGAGUGCAAUAAACUAACGAAGAUAAUUCAAUCACGAGUUGUAGACUUUCAAUCUAUAGAAUUUGGUCAGGAUGGAGUGCAAAGGGAACUUCUUGGAAAAGCAGCCAACAAUGCUAUUGAUCUUCCAGGAUCUUGGCAGCUGUCUUCUCCAGGAUCUUCUGACCAUCAAGCAUUUCCACCAGGUUUCCGUGACAGAGCCGUUAUGGAGGCAAAGAAAUGGCUAGAGUCAAAAAGGUUGUCACCAUACUCCAGUCAUGCUUGUGACUGCGGGCCUUCCUCUCUAAAUACCAGUAUGCUGCAGUCAGAUUUUGAACGUGGAAAGAGUUCACCUCUUGAUAUGGCUAAAACUUACAUGCAGUCCUUGUCCUCGUGCCAAUUUCCAUCCCAAAACAAUAUGGAGUAUAUGUCAACACCACCUCGCAUGAUGCAUCCACGCAAGGAUGAAACAACAUAUGCAAACUUUGAUUACUCUUUGCCCUUAUCUAAGGUUCUGAAAAGGAAUUAUCGUACCUUUAUUCCUGGGAAUAGUCAUGAUGAAUCUCGAAGAGUCAGACUGAAGCCAACAAAAAAUGUAUUAAACAUUUCUAAGUUCAAAAAAGUUGAUCUUUCUGCUGGAUGUUUAGAACAUGAAGCUCGCAAAGUCUCCUUUGCAGCUGAUAAAGUAUCUCUAGAUGCAUCUGCAAAUUUGUCUCCAGAGUUGUGUGUUGAAGAUAGUUCGCUUGGAGGCCUUGGAUUGUCCAAUGAGAGGUCCUUUGAAGCAAUACAUCCACUUCGAACAGGCAAUAUCGCUCCUAAAAACAUCAUUUCAGAUGCUGAAGCUGCGGCUGAUGCAGUAGCAUCAACACAUGACACUUGGAGACUAACUCCCUUGCCUUCAGAACCUACUCAUUUAAGAGCAGGAGGUGAUAUGAAGUCAUGUGAUCCUGCCAUUCCCAUUUUAGAUGGAAAUAAGGAUGUGGAAGAGCCCUCAAAGGCUGAGGAGCAGCCUGAGAAUAUUUUUGUUCCCCAUGACUCUCAUAUUCCUGUUUCUACAGUAAUGAAGCAUGAUGGGCCCUUCUUACAUUCAGGAGACCAUUUCCAAAAUGUCUCAAAUGCUGGACAGACAAUAAUUCCAAAGGAAGAGAUUGAGUCUGCAAUGAGGUCAUCAGCUGGAUUAGACGUGGAACUGUAUGUUGAUAGGAAGGGGUAUGUCAAGGUGACCAACUCCAGCAAUGGAGAGCCAGCUGAAGGUUUGUCCGAGAGAAGCCUUAAUGCGCCUUCGGGCAAGGCUGCUGCCGCUCGUCGAACCAAAGGCACGAGAGACAGAUCACGUAAUGCUACGAUGGUGGAGUCCAUCGAGCAGAUGCUGGGUGAAUAUUAUCCAAGCACCAGCCGUGGCCGGGGGAGAAAAGCAGCGGCGAGACCAAGGAGAGGAAGGGGGAAGACGACCAUGUAUUUAUUAGUAGAUGAGAGGAAAACCACGGAGAAAAUGCAUGAUAGCAUAAUAAUCGGCGAAAGGUGAGAGUUUUGACAUGGAUCUGGUCAGCCUCUUGGAGGGGCUCGAGCUAUUCUGUAUAUGGGUCGUUUCACGAGCCAAGUCACCGUCCGCGUGGUGGACAGACAUUCGCAGCAUUCCAUUGCCUCCAAGCUGUUUGAUUCUAUACCAGUGGAGGGUUACUGUCUCGAUAUUCGUGCAUACGCUAGCUUGUCCAUGCCUGUUCUCCUGGGCGGUUAAGUAUGACAGAGCCACUGCCUUUUUUUAAAACAGAUUAACGAGAUGGAGUCUGUAAAGCAAUAGCAAUAGAGGAAAUGGAAACAGAAUUUUGUGAUGAUUGAAUAAUUCCGAGCUGGAUGAUCUUGCGAACU